AUGCCAGAGUUCAAGCAGAAGCUCGGUGCCGAAUUCCCUAACUUCGACUGCCAGACUACUAAAGGUGACUUCAAAUUCCAUGAUUUCUUGGAUAGCGACCCGAAGAGGCCCUACACAAUUCUCUUCUCGCAUCCCAAGGACUUCACUCCGGUCUGCACCACCGAGUUGGGAAAACUAGAGAAGAAUAAGGACGAGUUCACCAAGCGUGGAGUCAAGCUCAUCGGCAUUUCCUGCGACAGCGUCCCGGAUCACCACGCUUGGAGUAAGGAUGUUCUAGCUUAUCAGAGCUUGCCAGGCGAUGACCUUUCCUACCCUAUCAUCGCCGAUCCCGAUCGAGAGAUCGUGAGUCUGCUCGGCAUGCUGGAUCCCAAUGAGAAGGAUGCUGCCGGAAUCCCCCUACCAGCUCGUGCACUAUUCGUCAUUGGACCCGACCACACGCUGAAGCUGUCCAUAGUCUAUCCCGCUACCACCGGCCGAAACUAUGACGAGCUCAUUCGUACCCUCGACAGUCUGCAUCUCACGGCUGACUUCAGUCUAGCUACUCCGGUAGACUGGAAGCAGGGCGAACGUGUCAUCGUCGCUCCAAAUGUCGCCACGGAGGAUGCUCAGAAGCGCUUCAAGAAUCUCGAGAUCAAGGAUUUGCCCAGUGGGAAGCCUUAUCUCCGCUACGUUGAUGCGCCCGAGUAACUUGAGACAUAGAAUGUCAUGUAGUUCGUCCCUUAUUAAUAUCAAAGUCUUUGAUUAAACUAACGCGAUUUCUCUGAACUAAGGUGCUGCGG